GGUGUUUCUGAAGAUGUCUGCAAUGUCCAAAAGGCCCCGAAUCUUCAAGCUGCGGGCUCUGCACAGCCAGGACAAAUACGGGGUGGCGGGAAAGAACUGCCAGGAAGUGUUGCUGAAAGGAUGUCAGAAAUUCCAGCUUCCUAUUUCUGGCUGCCGCCUGUGUUUGUAUGAAGAUGGCACCGAACUCACAGAAGGCUACUUCCAGAGCCUCCCUGACAACACAGAGCUCAUGCUUCUGACCCCUGGGCAAGCCUGGCAGGGCUAUAUCAGCGACAUCCAUCGCUUUCUCACCAUAUUCUACCAGCCACAAGCAGACGUCAUUCAGGCAGCCCAGAAGCUGCUGUCUGAUGAGCGGGCUCCCUUGAGGCAGAAGCUUCUCUCGGACUUUCUUCACAACAUUAAUGAAAACAUCCAGGCAGAAACCCGAGAGGAAGAUGGGCCAUGGUUUGAAGGUUUGGAGUCUCGGUUUAGGAAUAAGUCUAGCUAUUUGAGGUACAGCUGUGAGAGUCGCAUACGGAGUUACCUGAAAGAGGUGAAUGCUCAUGCAUCCACCCUCGCUCCCCAGCUUCAAGCAGAGUAUCUGAAAAUCAUUGGCAGUAUGUGUGAGAAACUGAAAUCCGUGCGCUACAAUGGCAGCUACUUUGACAGGAGAGACAAAGGGAGAGAGCGUCUUUGUACAGCCGAAGGCUGGUUCUCUUGUCAGGGUCCUUUUGAUUUGGAUGCUUGUUUAUCUAAACACUCCAUCAACCCCUAUAGCAACCGGGAAAGUAGAAUUCUCUUCAGCACAUGGAACCUAGAUCACAAAAUAGAAAAGAAACGCACCAUUGUGCCUGCCCUGGCUGAAGCUGUUGCUGAGCAAGAUGGGAGAGAAGUAGACUGGGAAUAUUUCUAUAGCCUGCUUUUUACCUCUGCUAACCUCAAAUUGGUGCAUAUUGCUUGCCAUAAGAAAAGUAGUCAUAACCUCAGCUGUGAUGAAACCAGGAUUUACAAACCCAAGAAGCAGGCUGUCAGAAAACGUGCCGCCCGCAGACAUCAGUGACCUCUCUCCCAAUGCUUUCCCAGAUUUCAGAGCCAGAAGGGGACUUGGAGAUCAUCUGCUCCAUUCCCCUUGCUUUACAAAGAAAGAAACAGACUCAAAUAGGAGAAGCAGGCAUUGACUGAAUGCCUGCUAUGUGCCAUGUUCUACGCCCUAGUGCUGGGGAUGGAUAUGAAGGCAAAAAUGAAACAUUUCUUGUCCUCAGGGAGCUUACAUUUAUUGGGGGAGGAGAAGGACCAACACGUUUAUAUAGAAUGAUAUACAAAGUAUCUACAAAAUAAAUGGAAGAGAAUUUCUGAUUUGGGAGGAAGGAUUAAUAACAGGUGGAAUCUUCCUGUAGGAGGGGACACUUGAGGAAGCUAGGGAUUCUAAAAGAUGGUGGUAAGGAAGGAGUUUAGUGCAGGCAAAGGGGACAGCCAGUGGAAAGUCAGGGAGACUACCUCAUGUACAGAUCUGAUUGUGCCUUAAUGCAAUCUUGGCCUCUAUAAAGGGGCUAUUUUCUUUCUGUCUCUGGCUAAUUCCAAGGAUACACAUGUCUGUAUGUCCAUCUGUUUGUUUCUGUC